AUGGCAGCCGCCCAUGGCGAAUACAGAGGCUACCUGCGCACGACCAUGGACGUGGAAGCCGACCACCACCGCAUCCAGUCUACGGCUGGCUCGGAACACUCUCAUCGGCCGCUCUUGUACGGCAUCUUGGCGAUCAUGGGAUUGCUCCAGGUGGCCUCCAGCGUGGCCAUCCUGCUACACCUGACGGGUUAUUUGCAGGAGGUAGAUUUAACCACUGCUCCACAUCGGCUUAUAGAAGAAGUGCAGACGGAGCCGGUGCUAAACGCAUUGAAAGAUACCAGGAAGAACCAACACCUCAAGAACCAGAAGAAACCACCCUCCGCCCACCUACACAUCAAGGCGGAUAAACAGUAUGCAAGGAAACCAGAUGCAGUCAUGAUCGACUGGGACGAAGUGCACGGAUACAGUCACAAGAUGGACUAUCAAAGGGGCAAAUUACUGGUGGACAGGUCGGGGUUCUACUACGUCUAUGCCAAAACCUGCUUCCGCUACUACAAACCUGGUUCUGGCGGGCCCGCCAUAGACGUGAGCAAUCUGCAGCUCAUCCAGUACAUUUACCACGAGAGCAUCAAGCAGAACAGCAAAGAGGAACGGCUGAUGAAGACAGGCAGCACCAAGCGCUGGGACAACUUCAGCUACAACAUGUACUGCGCCCAACAGGGCAGAGGCCUAUGGCUAGACCGAGGAGAUGCUUUAUACGUUACCGUAUCCAAUGCAUGGGCACUGGACCCCGAAAGAGAGGGUACAUACUUUGGGGCUAUUAAAGUUGGGUAG